AUGGCUGUGCCUGAAGCUGUCCAGAAGGAAAUCAAGGAUUUGCUGGACCCUGCAAACACUUGUGGGGAGCAUGUGAAGCUGGAGAAGAUCCUGCAGUCCUUGGAGAAAUUUGGCUUAGUAUACAAGGCAGUAGUCUCUCCAAGAGAGAUGCUGUGCCAUCCAGACAACAAAGGGACUUCAAUGCGCAAUGCGCACAAUUGCCAUAUGAAAGGAGAGCAGGUGUUGAAGAGUGGGCUGAACAAAGACCUUUUGCCACCCAAUUCUUUGGGGAUAGAGCUUGCAGUGGGCAGCGCAGACAGGAGAAAGCAAUUGGAGGCCAAUGAGCAGAUGGUUGCCCAGAGCAACAGAAUGCUGGCACCUUUGAGAGGGUGUGAGCGGUUUUUGGGCCUUGCUAGUUCUCAUUUCAACCAGUUUUGCAGAGCUCUUGACCAUGGGUGCCUGAAGGCAGAUGGAACAGAGCUGCACAUGACACCAGACAUGAAGAAUCUGGUGGAGUCUGGCUGGCAGUGGACAAUCUUGAAGGCAGAGGCAGCUGAUAUGUUUCCUGAUUUGCCAGCCUUUUGCUCCAUGGGCAUGAAUGCUCACAACAGCAACACAGUCCUCGGCAAUGAGUUGGAAGUGAUGAUGGAGUUGGCUGCUUUGCACAGAAGUGGGAUGAAAAUGGCAGAUGCAGUUCAAGCUGUUUGCCAGAGCAGCCCUUCAUGCAAAGCAUACAGACAGGAUUGCGCCUACUUCAUGAGACUCUACUCUGGAGGGGAAACCUUCCCCAUGUUGCUCUGGUUGGACAAGUUCUGUAACUUGGUUUGCUUGUUGAAUCAAUCUUUGAUGUACCUGGGAGGUAAAGCUUCUGGUCAUUCUCUUUUAGUGGGGGAAGAGAACAUGAACUUGCUUGCAUACUACAACUUCAAGUUGCCUGGGUGCCAGCUGAACUUUCUUCGCAUCGCACUCCUGGCAACAAUUUUGAGUUCAAAGAGACACCAGGAUGGGAUCUGUAAGUUGGGCUGGCAAUCAUGCCAGAAGGCAGCAGACCUGGCGCUUGGUGAAAUGUGUUUUGGCAGGUUCUGUGUGCGUGUUGCGCUGUAUGCCCUGCAGAAAGAGAAGCGUGCAAGAGAUGGAUUUUGCUUUGAAUCCUUCCAAGCAAUAGUGGAGGAGCUUUCCAUGGAACUUGAAAACAGUGCAGGCGCUCCAACCUCAAGCGCUGUAGACGCCAAAGAUGGUGAAGCUCUCAAAGUGAAGGACUUGGUGCAAGCAGACCCAAAUGAAGUAGCCAUGUUGCAGAAUGACCACAUCAUUGUGGGCAAGAAUUACUUGCACAAGGAUUACAAGGACCAGGUUUUCACCUUGGAGAGCAUAAAGGAUUGCUCUGGUGUCUUCAAGCAUGUUCCUUUGUUUUGUGAUGAAAUCAAGGUUGUUGCCAGCAUUGAAGAGCUGAAGGAUUGGAAAAGAACAAAAAGAGAACGUUGCCAGCUAUGCCCCACUGAGAGUGUGAAAGCUCGACUUCCUGAAGCUUCACCACUAGUAUUGGAUGAGUGGGCCAAGCAGUGCGCAAGCCAUUUGUUGGCAGAGGCUUACAAACAGAACAACAAGGCAAGUCUGGAUAUGGUGGCCUUCACAAGUUUUCCCAAUGGCUUGGUUUCUUUGAAGAAACUGAAGGUGAAGGAGCUGCAGAUUUACCCUGUUGGAACUUUGACCAAGGUCAAAGAACAACACAAGGUAGAUGAGCUUUUGUCCAAGGGUGCAGUGGUUGUCAAGUUCAAAGAAGUAGCCUACCAAGUGCAAGGCUUCAAGGCUUUCAACCCCACCAAGAAGGAAGAGUCAGGGGUAAUGCGUGCAUACUUCUAUAUCAAGGCCAGUGAAGAGAAUGAGGAAGCAAAUCUCAAUGUCAGCUGGAAGACCUACCAGGAUCUACAUAUACCAGUCUUGGAGAACUCCAAGCAGAUCGAGAAGCAGGCUCCCCUCUUGAAAGGGAAAGAGGCUUGUGCAGCACCUCCUGCCAAAAAGGCUAGGAAAACCACUUGA